CUCACGGUGAGCAUGAGAUCCAUAGUUUUUUUUCUCAGUACCAACAACAUCACGUGACUAGUCCAAUGGUGAGCAGUGCACUUUUGACCAUCGGCGCGGAAGCUUCUUGGUAUUUACUCGGGACUUUCAUUGUGAGAAAGAGAAGCUAACUGUGCACGGCUACCAAAACUGUAUACAUGGCAAAACAACGGAUGGAGGAUAGGCAUCGAGUCCAUAAUAAAUUACAUCAGUCAGAUGUAGCUGCCACGGAUUUAAUUCGACAACGCAGGGCUUGAGGACGGACCGAGAAGAACCCAUCUGUACCUGAGAUCUACGCGCCCUUUCAUCCGUAAUAUUACCCUGAUUGUGUGUCCGUUCGUGUUAUGUGCGGGCCAACACCGACGUCGAACUCCAAAAUCGAAACCGAUGUAAGGUAGUGAACGCAAUUACGAAUUAUGCGCACGGGUUCUACAACAUAGUCAGACCCCACGACCCAGUGGUGCGCUUCUGCCAAUCAGCGAGAAAGUCAACGGCCAACUUCCAAAAACGUAAUCCAGACAUCUGUAUCCUGUCAGCAGACAAAGGAAACCGUACAACUAUAAUGUACAGGGAGGACUACAACAUGAAGAUGCAAGCGCUGAUAGAAGAUGACCAGACAUACCAAGCAACCAAUAGGGAUCCAACAACACGCUUCCAGACCAAAAACAACAGCUUCGUAAAAAGGUUAAAGGAUCUGAAGCUCAUAGACUACAAGACAGCACGAAUACUCACCAGAUACGAUUCCGUCUGCCCGAGGAUCUACGGACAACCGAAGGCACACAAGCACAACCUGCCACUCCGACCGGUAAUACCGAAUGUAACGGCGCCAACAUACAUGCUAACGAAAUUUGUUGCAGAAAUCCUCCAACGGUCAUUGAAGAGCAAAUUCAGCACCCCAAGUUCGUUCGAAUUCUGCAAGGACAUCAACGGAACAAUAUUGCCAGAAGGAUACAUCAUGAUAUCUUUGGAUGUCGUGUCUCUAUUCACUAAUGUCCCCCGAGAAUUAGUGAAGCAAUGCAUAAAGGACCGGUGGACAGAGAUAGAUACCGAAAUCAAUCAAAGCUUAUUCAUGGAAUUGGUUGAUUUCUGUAUGGAGGCAAGCUACUUCCGGUAUGAUGGACGCUACUAUAUACAAACGUUUGGUACGGCGAUGGGUAGCCCCCUAUCUCCAAUACUCGCCGAAAUAGCAUUGGAUUCGGUAAUCGAAAAAGCUAUGAGCUCCCUCCCCUUCCCCGUCCCGAUACUGAAAAAGUAUGUAGACGACAUAUUCCUGGCAGUACCCAGUGAUGCGAUAGAUCACGUACUGCAGGAGUUCAACCGGCACGAAGAAAGGUUGCAACUCACGGUAGAAGUAGAAGAGGAGUGCAAGCUACCAUAUCUGGACAUGACAGUGAUCAGGAAUAGCGACCAAACCCUGUCCACUGAAUGGUAUUCAAAACCGAUUGCCUCAGGAAGGAUGUUAAAUUGGCACUCCUUCCACCACCGAAAUACAAACUUAAUGUGGCCAACAACUUCAUCCACCGGGUGAGUGCGUUAUCACCGAACUGGAACCAGGCAACAACGAAGACGGUCAUCAUCCAACAACUCACCAAGAACAACUACCCCCGAACAUUGAUCAACAGAUUGAUCAGUCUAUACAACUCCCGGAACAACAGUAGACAACACCAGAGAACAACCAUAGCCGAAACUCCAUCAGCACCGUCCGUAUCCGAACUUGAAGAGGUCAGGCCAAGUCUCGGGCCAGGCAAUCCAGCAUCCAGCAUCGAACCAAACGAAGUAGAGGAAUCCAACAGCGCUCAACUGCAAAUUGCGUCCGAUCACCACCAGAUUGAAGACAUCUCCAACAUCGAUGAGCAACAACAAAAAUCGUACCGCUCCAUUCCAUACGUUCACGGUCUGUCAGAACGGAUCAUAAACAUACUGGCUCACGACUAUGCUGAUAUCACGAUAACAUGCAGACAAUAUUCGACGGUAAAGAGUUUCCACACUAGGGUAAAAGAUCCUGUAAACAAAACAGAGCAGAGUAAUAUCAUAUACAGAAUUCAAUGCAAAGAUUGCCCCCAAUCGUAUGUAGGAAUGACUCAAAACAAACUCAAAACAAGAUUGUAUGGACACAAGACGCACAUCAACAAAUUAGAACACCUAUUAGAAUCAGGACAUACAAACACAGACACAGAAAUGAUAGCAUUAAGAGAGAAAACAGCAUUAAUCGAACAUUGUAUUGACCACAACCAUAGAUUCGACUUAGACAACACACAAGUAAUUGACAGAAGUGAUAAAACACACAAUCUCCCCUUUUUAGAGAUGUGCCACAUCACAAAUACACCCAACACUGUGAAUCAUCGCACCGACGUCUGUAGCUUAAGCACAACGUACGCAGCCAUCCUUCACACUAUUGGAGAAAAGCUUCAUAGACGUUAAAAGAGAGACCAAAACCCACCAUUUUCAAUUUCACAGUUGCAAAACAGAAAGUUAGACAGUGCCUAAAAUAAGUGGAAAAAUUAGUGACGAAAAAUUAGAAAUUAGCUACGAGAAUCACUAAUUCACCACGUAACGUCCAAACCAAUUUGUAAACUUUGACCAAGAAAUUAAUGUUUGCAUGUAUGUUUGUUUUAGCUCGAUGUACAACAUAGUUAAUCAGACCCCGACAGUUCAGUGUAGAAAAUUUGACGAAGAACGAUAAUACCGAUUAACCCCUGAAGAAGACCAAAAAAGUGGUCGAAACGUUGGGCAAAGUCAAAUAACAUCGUUUGAUUUCAUCAAGAGACUGCUUAGCCGGUUACGUAGCAUAACUAUCCCAUUCAGUCGAACCCUCCCAAUCCAUUCAAAGGCCAUCCUAAGUUUCUCCGGUUGCUUUUGGAUGAAAGUGCAUUAUUGUUUGCUGAUACGGCCAUCACUUGUGCUUCAUUGGGAUUUCCAUCGACCUUCGCCUAUUUUGAUGACACCGCCGACAUACGAGAACAGGUUUUGAAGACGUUGAACACCGUGCCUUGAAGCAUAGUGGAUAUGCUGAUGCUGUUGCUGUUAGCUGUAUGUAGUGCUGUGUAUUGGAUUUGUAGAAUCGCGUAUGUGACAGUGUGCCAGGGCUGGUUAAGUUUUUUUUUCAGUGACCUUGCAUUUUUUCUUAACAUGUGACAAAUGCACUUUUAUUUGCUUUUUUUAUGUUGUUGGGUCACAUUUUUAGUUUGUGUACGUUAGAUUUUUUGUGCGUCAGUUUGGGCAUUUGUUAUUGGAAAGUUUAUGUUAAGGUCGAAAUUAUAUUAGUUUUGUUUUGUAAUUUUCUAGUCAUUUUAGUUUUGGAAAAAAAAAUUUUUUUCAUUCGGAAAGGAGGAUAUUUGUAUAUGAAAUACGCAUACUGAUAUUUUGAUUUGGAACUAAAGAGGAGUAACGUAAUAAAAAUAUAAAAACAUAUUUUAAGUUGGAAUUUGACUAUAAAUAUGCGAACAAGCAUAACACUAGUUCAAUCGAGUUCAAAACAAGCUUAAGUUUGUUAUCUGUGUAAAACUGUUUCGAAAUUUUGAUUUUGUAGUUGAGAUAGUGAAAACUCAUAAUGUUGUAACAUUAACUUAAGGGGGAAGAACUUGUAGUAACUGCAUUCGGUAAUUUAGCUAAACCCUCAGCGAGGGUACUCAAAUGUAAAACUGAGUUCAUAGCAUAUGAGAUCUGAUUAUCAGAACGAUAAAUAAAGUGAGUUUGUUGUUGACCAUGGACCCGAACGGUCUUGUUAUUUCUGUCUCUAAAGAAUGGCUUUAGAAGAAACUCCAUUACAUAUUUCCAUUUACUCCUUUUUUACCCGUUUAUAACAGUUCUGAAGUGCUGCUCUUAAGAGUAGUCUGUAGUAGUCGGAGUUGGUCUGAAAUAUCCCUAAAGAGUUUUGGAACGAUUCGUACAAUUCCAUGGGGGUUACUUGUUUAUGCGGUCAUAGAUCUUAAGGACUAAACCCUAGAACAGGGUGGACGACGCUCAAUAUUUUAAAAGUAUAUUACCACUUAUAUCAGUCCAAAUAGGUCCAACAGGUAUGAUUGGUAAUGCAGCGUUACGCUGUAUAACGGAUAUGACAAUGACUACUGUUAAGAGUAAAAAUUAGAGAUUCAAAAAUCCAAGCUAGUGUGGGUAACCUGCAUUAUUAUGUCAAUGAGUGGCUUCUGAAUUUUAAAGAGUUUCACGGAUUGCAGUAGCUGUGAUCAUACAAUAUUACAAUUUGUUGCAAAAAACGAACCCCAUUAUUCCUGUAGACGUGAAGGACUGAAUUUCAGAACAGUUUGAAACCCCUAGAAUAUCCUAAGAUAUAUUUUUUACUUAUUCACAAAGAAGGCAAUUCAAAUAAAUUUGAAUGUAAAUCUUAUCCAAAAUCAGCAUUAAAUGUUACUGGUGUACCAUUUAUUUUGUUUUCCGCACUUCUUGGUGUUCAGGAUGUUCUAGGGCCUAUACUGCCAUAGAUGUAAAACCGUAGGUGUUCAGCGUGACCAUGCUGAGGGUGACGGGUGACGAUUUCCGGUCGGUCCAAAACAUUUCAUAAAGGAAACCUUCUUGUCCCUAGAGUAUCUUCGUGCCUGCGAUAUACGAAUGCAAAAUGGCCAUUGGCAAAGAAAGCUCUCGUUCAAUAACCGUGGAAGUGCUACUAAGAAGAAAAAUGAUUCUUUCUCUAAUCAAAAUUUAUCUUCACUUUUGUGUAUUAUGUCACGGGUUUCCAACUAAACGACUGCUACAGGCUAGUUAGCCCGUAUUGUGCGCCAGCACUUUUUUAAGCAGAUUGAAAGUUCAGGUCUUCAAUUAAAGGUGUUGUUGCAUCGUUUUUUGAUCGUUAUGUGAUACAACCGUUUUUAUCGUUAUGUGAUACAACCGACACAACUCAAACAUAAGGCAUCACACAGGUCUUGCUAUACGGUAACUCUAUAGUGUCGCGUGCACCCUGAUGGGACUUUGACAACGAACGAAACAAGCGUUGGUGUACCUUCGAUCGUUUUCUCUCCCUUAUCAUUCAGUCACACGAGCAGCGAGACGUCUAUCCGAUCGUCGUCGUCGUCGUCGUCGAGCUCGAGCAUAUAUAGGGCUCACCGGAUCCCCGCAGCCAGGUCUCAUUUAUGUAUGGUGGCAGCUAUGCUGCAUGCAGUUUAACCAGUCUACCCACGCAAUCGAUCCGUCGUCGUCGUCGUCGUAGGCAGUUGUUAGCCCGAGACGGCGAUCUCGAAAGGAAGACAAGAAGAGAUUCUCUCACCUUUGGGAAACAACAAGCGAUCGCACACCACGAUAUGGGCACUUGCGUCGAGGGGGGCGCCACGGGAUUAUAUCGGUUG